UUCUUUCACUCCCUUAUCUUUCUGAUCAAACAAACCCUACUUUCACACCCUCCUCUGCACCUCCCUCCCAUACUCUGCACCUCCCUUUUCUCACCAUCAUUCAUGGAUGUAGACAUAGUGAAAACUUCUAGUGAUGGUAGCAUGGACAUGAUAUCAAUGAUGAUGCAAAUGGAAAAGUUUCCUGAUCAAUUCUCUGAACCUUUUUACAACAUUCCCACUACUUACCAAGAAAUCAUCACCACCAACAAUAACACUGUUCCAUUAUUUAACCAAAAUGCACUAUCAUCUCAUUCUCCACAAACUUUGAAUAAUAUUGAUCAAAAUCUACACUCCAAUGUCAACUUCCAACAACAUUUGAAUAUCUCACCAUCAACUCUUCAAACCAACUCUUCAUCAUUUCCUUACUCGAACUACUCGAAUUCUUCUGAUAAGAAGAAUUCGAUGGCAGCGAUGAGGGAAAUGAUAUUUAGGAUAGCCGUGAUGCAACCUAUACAUAUUGAUCCGGAAUCAAUUAGGCCACCGAAGAGAAGGAAUGUGAAGAUAUCGAAGGAUCCACAAAGCGUAGCAGCGCGACAUAGAAGGGAAAGGAUAAGUGAGAAGAUAAGGAUAUUGCAAAGAUUAGUACCUGGUGGAACAAAAAUGGACACUGCUUCUAUGUUAGAUGAAGCUAUACAUUAUGUGAAGUUUUUGAAGAAACAAGUUCAAACAUUGGAACAAGUAGGUGCUAAUAAUAGAUCAUCACAAUUGUCACAUAACAUUGGUGGUGGUGUUAUGAACAAUUUUAAUGUGAAUUAUUCUAGUUUGAUGAUGAAGGGUUGUCAACCUUUUCAAAUGGUGGGGUCUACUUCUAAACAAUUGCUUAGCUAG